GCGUUCGCAUUCAUUGCCUCGACAGAUCAGUCAUCCACCACUGCUCUCUUAUUGCUCUCUCUUUGUCCUUCUUGUUUUCUCGAUAAUGUGGCGACCCGCGACUCGCGAAGUUACAGGAACGAACGACACGCCUCUGGGCAAUCGUCGCCGGUUCGGUCCUGCACCCACAGAAGAAACUGCUCCUCCUCAGCUCGCCCAGCCAUCUCCUUCUGCUUAUCCCCGACCACAGCCUCACAAUGACAGGGACAGAGACGGCUAUAGGCAAGAUCGUGGCUCAACGCCCACUUCUACAAGCAAUGGAGCUGACCCUAACGCACCCCGCAAGCGCCGCAGUCGCUUCGGUGACUCUAAGAAUGAGAUCCCCGGACUGCCUACCGCUAUCUCCGCCAAUGGUGUAUCGCAGGCUCACCUAGACAACUAUGCCAUCCACCUUCGGCUGGAAGAGAUUAACCGGAAGUUGCGGUUGAACGAUUUCAUCCCUCCUGAGCGUGAACGGUAGGUACAUUGUUUGUAUGCGGUUGUUCCGAGCUAACUGACUCUCGUACAGCUCACCUUCCCCUCCUCCAACUUAUGAUGCGC